AUGUCAGAUCCAUGGGACUCCAUCGACACAGUGAAGAUCGCUGUGGUCGAUUGGAAGUUACAUUCACAAAAUCGUGAAUUGUUGAAGAAACAGAUUAACGAUGCAGCAAGAACCCUUGGAUUUUUCGUGUUGAUUAAUCAUCCCAUUGACAAGAAUCUCAUUGAUGGUUCUUUUCAAUUGGCCAAGGACGUCUUUGCUCAACCAGCUGCCGAGAAAGAAAAAUAUGAAAUGGGAACUACUGGGAACUACUUUGGGUAUAAGGCUCCUAGGAAAAUGCCUGGUGCUAACAAUGGAGACCACAAUGAAAUGUACAACAUUUCGAAGGACUUGUUACGUGAUCCAGUCGCUGCUCAGAAUCAAUUACGUCCACUAGUCGACGCUUACCCAAAGACGAAGGCAUUCGCUGAAGAAUGUCACUCCCUUGUUUGCGACAUUUUGAAAAUUUGUGCUGAAGUGCUCGAAAUACCCAAAGAAGCUGGCGGUGCCAACUAUCUCCUCUCUCGUCACCGAUUUGAGGCCAAAUCUGGUGAUCAGAUUCGUCUUUUACAAUAUCCCCCACCGCCUCCAGAAUUCGAAAAGAACGAAUUAUUAUUCGCUCAUACCGAUUAUGGUAGUGUGACGUUACUUUUUACGCAAUCUGUAGGUGGAUUGCAGAUUUGCGAUCCAGAAGAUAAACAAUGGCGCUACGUGCGCCCGCUGGACGGCUCGAUUAUAGUUAAUCUGGGGGAUGCGGUGCAGCAUUGGACUAAAGGAUACUGGAGAUCCAACUUGCAUAGGGUGACAGCCCCACCAGCAUUUCAAAGGCACAUGACCCGACAUUCUGUAGUCUAUUUCGCACGACCAGAGGAUGCCGUAGUUUUGGAGAGAAUACCAUCGCCUUUCAUACCCGAAGACACAGUUGAGGAAAAGCAGCGCAAGAUUACUGCUGAAGAAUGGAUUAAGGCUCGUGUAUUAUAUGGUGUUACGGGCCAACAACAAUCGUACUUGUAA